GAAUUUCACGUACCAAUACAAAUAGCGAAUAAUCAUCAUAAUAAACAGCACUCAUCAGCCGCGCCUCAACCACUUCAACACAAUUGCCGCCCUAUCUACACCGUGUUCCGGUCGGUCGAGGCUAUUCUAGGCGUCGUCGUCGUCCGUCCAGCCGUAGUCGACCGUCAACUUCGAAGGAGAUAAGUUUCACAGUUAAGACACAGCAAAAACCACAAGUCGCACACCUCAGUGUAUUCGAGUCGAUGCGCGCCACCCGAUGACAGAGAGCAGCAGCAUCAUGAUUGGCAAAAUUGGCUUCCCGCUUGGGCUGGUGCUGGUAGCACUACUGGCAAUUAGCAGCCCGAACAUCGAGGGCGUACAAUCGGCAAGGAUUCUUUGCGUGUUUCCCAGUCCCGGACGAUCGCACGUCAUGGUGGGACAAACGCUGCUGAAGGCGCUGGCCGAACGUGGUCACGAGGUCACCAUGGUCAGCCCGUUCAAGCUAUCGAAACCGGUGCCGAACUACCGGGAGAUCUACAUUCCGGCAGAUGACACCGUCAGCAGGAUGACGAAAAGCUUCCUGGAGAAACAGACGAACAUGUUCAAGGUCAUGCCGACCAUGAUCGCGAGCGUUUUGGAAACGGCCAACAAAACAAUCAACGAUCCGAAGUUUUUGGCCAUCAAGAACGAGCAGUUCGAUGUGGUUAUAACGGGGCUGUUCGUAGCGGAUUUUAUGCUUGGGUUUGGUCCUCAUUUCAAUGCUCCCACUAUCGCACUGUGGUCUGCCGGGCAGACCAAAUUCACUUCCGAUCUGGUGGGCAACCCCAGGGCAAUCGAGGCCGUUCCGCAUGUCAUGCUCGGCACAAGAGGUCCCUUAGGGUUUGUCAGCCGAAUGAAGAACCUACUGAUCGGAAUUUUGGAAAAUGUUAUGACUGAAUUCUUAAAGUACAAACAACAGCAGUACUACGAUUCGAACUUCCCCGCCGACAAAUAUCCACGUUACAGCGAUGUCCGGAAAAACGUGUCACUAGUCCUCCUCAAUACGCAUUUCUCGAGCUCCGGACCGCGACCUUACAUUCAAAACGUGAUCGAGGUCGGCGGACUGCAGAUCAAGACCAAACCCGAUCCUCUACCGAAUGACAUCCAGGAGUGGUUGGACGGAGCAGAACAUGGAGUCAUCUACUUCUGUCUGGGUUCAAAUCUCAAAUCAUCCGACCUACCCCCGGAGAAACUCCAGAUUUUCCUCAAGGUCCUCGGAAAACAAAAACAGCGAGUCCUAUUCAAAUGGGAAACCGAUAGUAUCCCCAACCAGCCGAAGAACUUCCUGACCAAGAAGUGGCUUCCCCAGGACGACGUCCUAGCGCACAAGAACGUAGUCCUGUUCAUCUCGCACGGCGGCCUGGGGGGAAUGGCCGAGGCACGAUUCCAUGCCGUUCCCGUACUGGGAAUCCCGAUCUUCGCCGAGCAGUCCCACAAUGUGAAUGCAGUCGAAGGCGAAGGCUGGGGCAAACAGUUGGACUAUGCGACUCUAACCGAGGAAUCGUUCGAAACGCCAUUGAGGGAGCUUCUGACGAAUCCGCAGUAUCGACAGAAGGUGAAGGAACUGUCCGAACUGUACCGGGACCGACCGCAGAGUGCGGUGGAUUUGGCCUGCUAUUGGGUGGAGUACGUGAUCAGGCAUAAGGGAGCUCCCCAUAUGCACUAUCAGGGAGCGGAACUCAAUUUCAUCCAAGAACAGAUGUUAGAUGUGGUGGCUGUUUUGCUGGUGGGAUUGUUUGUGCUGUUCAAAGUUGUAAAGUUUAUGGUUAAGGCGUUGGUGAGACGAGUCUGCGGUGGACGAAAGAAACAGAAGACGAAUUGAAGAAAUCUCCAGUAUCGGGUUCUGGGGACGCUUAGUCAAAUAAAGUAUUGCGUUUUA